AUGCCGAGCGAGUAUACGCCGGAGGUAGUGCAGUCAUUGAAGAACACGCGGAUGUGCAAGUUUGUUGAGUCUGGACACUGUCGCCGCGGGCAGGCCUGCAACUUUGCUCACUCCAAAGAAGACCUACGCCCUCAGCCCAACUUGGUCAGCACCCGGCUUUGUGCCCAGUUCAGUGCAGGUGGCUGCCGCUAUGGCAGGCGGUGCAGGUUCGCCCAUGGACAGGCGGAGCUACGUCAGAUCCCUCUUCCGGAAGAAGGAAGACCGGGCAGGAGCUCCACCGCGCGCAGUGGGGGUCCGCAGUAUGCGGAUCUGCUUCUUCCAGUCACCGCUCCCGGUUAUGCAGCUGUAGCACCAGGAGGGGCAUUUCAGGAGUCGCCUUCCCACAUCCAAGCAAUUUUAAGGCAGUACCCCAUGCCUUGCCCAAGUGCUUCCGCCAAGGGAGCCUACCCUGAUUCGCCUCAGGGCACUUGGGGGCAAGCAGGGAGAGGCAUGGCCUUACGAGGGCUGUCAGAUCCAGAGGUUCAGGCCUCAUGGGAAGUGCAGACCUCGUUGCCGUGUUCGACUCUGGCGAGCCGGACGAACACGAACCAAACGGACGCGGAGUUCAAUCGAGAGUCAACCUCAUUCUGGCUCUAA